UUUUCCUUCUUCCACUAAGAUUUUCCUUCAUUUUCUCGGCCAGUGGGUGUUUGGCAAGUUUCUCCCUCAUCACCGCACUUCACCUCCCUAUCACCAACGCUUACGGCAGCCGGAACAGCUUCUCCUCCUCUCUGGGCGAAACCCACAUUACGCCGUUUCUGACACGAUCUCGUUCUGUUUGGAUUCGGAAACGCUGAGAUCCUACGAGAUUCAGACCGGGAUUUCUCAGGUUUACUGGUGAAAAUGGCGACUACGCGCUUUCAGAUCGAUAGUGAUGAUUCUGUGCUUUUACAUGUUACUCACUCCAACAUUAAGAGCUUCUCGGCGGAUGUUCGCUUCUCUCUGCAGAUGAGUGUGGAAGCUGUUAAAGAAAAGCUAUGGAAAAAAUGUGGCACAACUGUUAAUUCCAUGGCUUUAGAGCUGUAUGAUGACACUGGCUCAAAGGUUGCAGCUCUCAGUGAUGAUACGAGACCCCUCGGUUUCUUCUCUCCUCUUGAUGGGUUCCGGUUACACGUCAUAGAUCUUGAUCCUUCAUCAGUUACAUCUGGAGGCUGGUUGGAGGAUACAUCGUUGGUUGAGAAGUAUACCAUUUCGGAGGAGGCUUACGCAAAACGAAACGACAGUUUUAGGAAGUUCAAAGAAAAAGUUGUGUCCCAAAAUCCGGCGGCUUCUGAAACUAAGAUGAGAGAGAAUUACAUGGAAGAUCUUUGUGUUAAUAUCAAGGUGAGUGAUAGAUGUCAAGUUGAGGCCGGGGAGAAAAGAGGAGUGGUCAAAUAUGUUGGACGAGCCGAGUCGUUGGGACCUGGCUAUUGGGUUGGAGUUCAGUAUGAUGAACCACUUGGAAAGCACGAUGGCAUGGUGAAAGGAACACGAUACUUCGAGUGCCCUCCCCUUCACGGUUCAAUGGUUAGGCCAGACAAAGUAAAGGUUGGGGAUUAUCCGGAACGAGAUCCUUUUGAGGAUGAUGAAAUAUGAGAUUCAUGGAAGCUUCUAAUCCACGAGGGAAGAAAGAGAGCCACAUAUGGUUCAGACAACUUGUGGACUUGAGUUUGGUACACUCACUUGUUGUUUGUGUUCUGCUGCUUCUGCAUAUUACUACUACACUUCGGCCUCUUAG